AUGCAGCCGGCUACCAGAUCGAUAGCUGUCGCCGGCCCGGCCUCUGCGGCCUUGCGCCACCGGAGCGCACGCACAGCUACCACGCCAUUCGUCUGCCUUGGCUGCCGGUCCGUGCAACGCCGACAACAGCAACAUCGCCGACCAUUUUCGGGGACCGUCUCUACACAAACGGAUCUCCGCUCCGGCCUCACCAAACUCACAUCCCGACGCCUGAUCUCCGUGUCUGGCCCAGAUGCCUCCAAGUUCCUCCAGGGUGUCAUCACCAACAACAUCGAUGCUCCGCACAAUGCCAAUGGCUUCUACACCGGCUUCCUGACAGCCCAGGGCCGUGUGGUCCACGAUGUCAUCAUCUACCCCGAUGAGCUGGGUCCAGAACCAGGCAAGCGGAGCUUCCUGAUUGAGGUUGACGCCAACGAGGCCAUGACCCUUCACAAGCACAUCAAGCGUUACAAGCUGCGCUCCAAGUUCAACCUGAAGCUGCUGGACCCGGAGGAGCGUGCUCUCUAUCACGCAUGGAACGAUGUAGACCAGUCUGGCCCAUGGAGUAAGCUGAUCGAUGAGAUUCAAAAAGAUGGCAACCCAAGGACCGUCCCGGACCCGCGUGUUCCAGCCUUCGGCUCCCGUGUAAUCGUCAACCAGACCUCCUCCUCCUCGUCACUAACAGACAACGACCUGACACCCGAGUCAUCCUACCACCUCCGCCGUUUCCUCCUCGGCAUCCCUGAAGGCCAGUCCGAGAUCAUCUCCGGCAGUGCCCUCCCUCUCGAGUCCAACAUGGACGUUAUGAACGGCAUCGACUUCCGCAAGGGCUGCUAUGUUGGACAAGAGUUGACCAUUCGCACGAAGCACCGUGGUGUUGUCCGCAAGCGCAUCCUUCCUUGCAUUCUCUAUUCCGAGGGUGCCGCCCCCGAGAUCCCGGCUGACGGUCCCGGGCAACUGGAAGCGCUGGAGAAGCUGCUGAAGCCCGAAGUCGAUGAGGGAGUCAAGGCAGAGAUGAUUCCUCAAGGGGCAAGCAUUGAUAAGGUGGACAAGAAGUCUAGGAGUGCUCCCGGCAAGUGGCUGAGGGGUAUUGGCAAUGUUGGGCUGGCGCUGUGCAGGCUAGAGGUAAUGACAGAUACUGUCUUGCCCGGGGAGACACCGGGCAUGUAUAGCCCUGAGCAGGACUUCGUGGUCAGUUUGGGCGGAGGGGAGGGCAGUGAAGUCGAGGCAAAGAAGCUCAAGGUCAAGGCCUUUGUGCCGUUUUGGUUGAAGGAUGUGUGGAGGAUUGAGGCGGAGAAGGCGGAAGAGGAGAGGAGAAUGAGGGAAGAGCUGUUGGGAGAACGGGAAUCGGAUGUUGAGUAA